AUGUCACAUGAUCUGGACUGCACAUUUUACCUGGAGGAAGUGGUCAACGGGGAGGUCGAGAGGAUGCAGCUGUUUGUUGUCCGGGAGGGGGAGGAGGGUAUCAUUCUCAUCCAGCCUCACAACUUUACUGAGGUCACCAGCUAUAGGCCCGGUCAGUUUGACGUCAGCGAGCUGGACAACAUCCCGCGAGAGCAGUUCUUGACGAGAGAGGAGUGCGAGAUUUCCUUCAUGCGUACCGAGAGCAACGUCUACGUGGGGACGUUUCCCGACUGUCACCGCUACGUAGGAGGCUCCCCAGUGAAAUACGCCUUCACACUGUCGUGUCAUACCAUCGACGCCAUCGUCUACUGGACAUCGUCACGAGAAGAAAGUCAUCGUCUGCCCUACGACCAUCGUUUGAUUCAAUGUUUUACCUACCCUGAAUACAUGGCCAAGCUAUUUGUGAACUUCAAGCCUCCGUGUGACUAUCGUUGUACAGUUCAGUGAUUGAGAUA